AAUUCCCACUCCCUGGCGGCGGUGACGUUGGUUGGUCGCAGCAGCCAGCUAUUGGGCGCGAAAUCUUCACAUGUCGCCGUCAACCCCACGACAACCCCAAUGCGACCAGAGGAGCAGCCGGAGGCUCCCAGCGGGCCAUGGCGCGCGGCGUCCGUCUUCACCAUGGGCGCUGUCGGCCUCUUGUGCAAAGGUUUCCUGACCGGGCUGAGCAAGGUGGAGACGCACGGAAUGGAGGGCUUCUUGAAGCUGCUGGACGAGAGGGAGGACCCGGCGAGUAGAGAGAGGGGCCUGAUUACUGUCUCGAACCACAUCUCCGUAAUGGAUGAUCCGAUAUUAUGGGGCAUACUGCCUCUCAGCUACAUGUUCAACCCGGACAACCUGCGCUGGGGACUGGGCAGCUACGACUUGUGCUUUACCAACAAAGGACUGUCAACCUUCUUCACCUUCGGGCAGGUUCUCCCUACACACCGAUCGGCGCAUUCUCAAUUCGGCGGCCUCUUCCAGCCUACCAUAACGCAAGCGAUCCGUCUCCUCUCGCGCGGGCCGUUCUACGAGCAAGACGGACCAGUAAAGCCUACAACGUCUCUCAAGAGCCCUGAUCUGAUCGACCCCUUCACUGACGGCCACCUCACAUUCUCUACAAAUGGACAGGACACGUUUCCUGCGCCCUCAGCAUAUCUCAGCCGGCGGCAUGCAUGGGUACACAUCUUCCCAGAAGGCAUGAUCCACCAAAGUGAAGACCGGAUUAUGCGCUACUUCAAAUGGGGAGUAUCUCGACUGAUACUGGAGAGCGACCCGAUGCCAGACAUCGUUCCCAUCUUCAUUGAAGGUUUCGACAAUAUCAUGCAUGAGACGCGCACAUUCCCACGCUUCAUACCACGGCCGUUUAAAAACGUUCGGGUGACAUUUGGCGAGAAACUGGAUGCUGAAGAGGUGUUUGGCGAUUUGCGCGCACGCUGGAAACAGAUGCGCGCAACUGAGGAGCGGAAGGAGGGCCAACUCGAGGUCGGUGUGCUAAAUGAAAAGCUCAAAUACUCUCCAGAGGCUGUCAGCAUACGCAAGGAAUGCACGCGACGGAUGCGGCAGGCAGUACUGGACGUUAGGCGGCAGCGCGGAUACCCUGAAGAUGACCCCAAGAACAGCCUCGCAGAGACAUGGUUGAGAGAAGGCCCGGGCGACCGAGGGGGUUUCGUCAUUGCGAACAGAAGCAGGCACCGCCAUGCUGUUUGGACAUGGCGGAUGUGUCUCUGGCGUGCUCGUGUCGUCAUCCACUGCUGGCUCCGCGCCCUCACCGAGACCUUUCCAAGGCGGACCUUGGGCAGGAACGAUGAAGGUGACGAGGCUGAAGAGUCCAAGCCCAAAUCCGGAUUCACGGUUUUGUCGGGAGGGCGCUGGCAGAUGCUUUCACCGCCCGCACCACACCAAGACCGAAGCAGCUUCAUAGCGUCACCCAGGCUCGCUACAAGACCCAAUUACCGCGUCAUCUCUCCAAGGUCCCUGUCCUCCAAGCACCAGCCAAUGGACAGCAACUGGGCCCCACAGUCGCCAGAUUUAUCUUCCUACUACUACUCCGCUGAGCAGCCUACUCAUCCCCAGCAUACAGGUUACAGAGGCUCCAUUUCCCACGUCGCGCCGCCCUUUGCUCCGACACAUCCUGCUCCGACACUGCAGGCCAACCCUGCGCCACAGCCUUUUAUGCCUCGCGGCGUCAAGAAGGAGGAGAGCAUGCAAGAUGCAGACUACAUGCCUGACGCGUCGGUGCCCGCCAUCAUGGCAGACGCGGGCAGCGGCCUCGGCGGGGCAGACACGCCCAACACCGACCACAUCACCAUCAAGAACCACUUCCCGGUCGCGCGCAUAAAGCGCAUCAUGCAGGCCGACGACGAUGUCGGAAAGGUCGCCCAAGUCACGCCUGUCGUUGUUUCCAAAGCGCUCGAGCUUUUUAUGAUUUCCCUCGUCACCAAAGCCGCCGCCGAAGCCAAGGCGCGCAACUCCAAGCGCGUCGGCUCCAUCCACCUAAAGCAAGCCAUCACCAAAACCGACCGCUUCGACUUCCUCAACGAGAUCGUCUCCAAGGUUGCCGAUGCGCCGGAGAAGAACGAGGGCGACAUGGAUGUGGAUGGCAAGAAGAAGAAGACUUCAAGCCGGAAAAAGAAAAAGGCGGAAAGUGACGAUGAUUUCUGA